CGGCCCGUCCCGUCCGCCGCCCAUCCAUCGUCGUGUGAAUUACCAUCAUCGAGUGGUUUGAAAAAAAAAAAACGAAUAGGUAGGUAGGUCGAGUUUUUAUUACUUCAUAAUUUCGGUGUCACUCGGCCGUGUUUACUGUUCAGUAUGCCGUUCGUGGAAUCGGCGUCGAAAACCGUCGCGUCCAAUGAAUAUAAUAUUUAAUUUUUUUAAUCCAAGAAUGUGAUUUACAUAAAUUAUUCGAAUGGCCGUUGCUAUAUAGUGCAUGUACACCUUCAGUUUGCGUUCGUCCGCUGUCGCGUGUGCGAUGUCGGAAGUGUCGUAGAGUUUGUCGCUUGAUUAUUGUUCACUCUAUUCUUAUUCGCCUUUGAACCUGCGAUAAUUCGUCCGUUAUUGUCGCCCGACUGCUUAGCUCGGAUUUGUUUAGUUUUUUUUUUUUUUUUAUCCGUUAACGUUUUCGUACCUACCUACAGCCGAUCUACUUACAUUGUAUACUCGCGGGAAGCCCGAAGAAAAUUUGACGACCUCGUGUGGAAACUGGUGGCUCAGUCAUGGACGCUUUCAAGGAUUGCAUAGAUUACCUAAAAGACCCGGAACUGGUCGCCCGUUUUCAAAGGUCCUUUGGAGUGAUGCGGUACGACUCGUCGGACAAUGGUGCUACCAUUCCGUCACUGGACAAUGGCGAAUCCAAGACCAGCAACGGAAAUACAGUGCGCAAGUUAAACGAAAUCGAUCAUGUCACUAACAAGUUUUGGUAUUACUUGUUUUUGUUUGGCACGUACCUUGGUGACGAAAUUGGUUAUGCUGUCAUAAUACCGUUCUUGAUAUGGAACAUAGACUCGGCGGUUGCUAGGAAAAUGGUGCUCGUCUGGGCGGUCGUUAUGUACAUUGGCCAGUCCAUUAAAGACAUAGUACAGUGGCCGAGACCGCAAUGUCCUCCCGUCAUUAGACUGCAAACAAAAUGGUCAAUUGAAUAUGGAAUGCCUUCGACUCAUGCUAUGAUUAGUAUUGCGUUACCAUUUUCUGUUUUUUAUUACAUUUCAAAUCGAUAUCAAAUCGACAACAACAUUGGUAUCUUAAUAGUAUUUCUAUGGUGCAUGUUAAUUUCGCUUAGUCGUUUAUAUUUGGGCAUGCACUCAGUUUUGGAUGUGAUUGCUGGUCUGCUAUUAGCUAUUGUUUUAUUGAUUCCAUUUGUACCAUUGGCUGAUGUAUUAGACCGUUAUCUUAUGUAUAGUAAUUGGACUCCAUUGAUACUUAUUGUUGUUACUGUGAGCUUAAUACUCAUUUACCCAACUAGUGAUCAGUGGACACCUACCAAGGGUGAUACAACUCUAAUUUUAGCAACUUGUGCGGGCUUAUUGACAGGAGGUUGGUUGAAUGUCAAAUUAGGUAUACAGGAUGAUAUUCGUGUUAUAAAUCCAAUAAAUAAUUCUGUCAGUUGGCCUUCAAUUAAUUAUUUGGGUGUGAUUGUGAUCAGAAGUUGUUUGGGCUAUGGUUGCAUAGUCUUGUUAUUCUUAAUUAUUAAGUACUUCCUUUGUGUUAUUGAUAAAAUUUUAAUAAAAAGUGGUAUGAAAAUAAUUGAUGAUGUAUUGAAGAGGCAUAUUCCUUUGUUAGAUAUUACUUACAAAUAUUUUACAUUUUACUUGGUAUCUUUAAAUAUUUUUAUUUUGAUACCACUUUUGCAAAAAUUGUUGUUUCUACCAAGAGAGUCAUUUUACCAUGAAGCUAAGUAGUUAAAUGAAAUUGUUAAUUUAAUUUAAUAUUAUGGCCUGUUACCACCUUAUUUAUGUAAAAUUCAUACAUGUAAGCUUUAAUAUAUGUGCUUUAAUGAUACUUAAGUUCUUAAGUUCAAUAAUUGUAUAUAUUUUUUUUAACUGUAUCUCAUUUUGAACAAAAUAUUUGUUAACAGUCAAUCUAAGUAUAUUAUGAGUUCAUUAUUAUAUAACAUUUCCGACUUUAAUUUAAUUGUUAUUAUUGUAAAAUUAAUACUAAAAUUAUUUAUAUUUGAAUAAUAUAAUUUUAUAUCAAUUUUUUUUUUUGUGUGUAUAAUACUAUAAAUUAAGGAGACUGUGCACUGAAAAGUAAAAAUCACAAUACACUGUUUGAAACCUAUAAAUAUUCUAUUGAGGCAGCGCUUUCAUUGAUUAAAACAUAAUAUUACUAAUGAAGCUGUCUAAUAUAUUAUUAUUUAUGAUAUGAUGUAAUAUUUUUAUACUUUUAUAAAUCAAUCAAAAUAUUCUUAUGUCUUUAUGAUUAUUGUGUGUCAGAUUAUUUUUAAUUAUGUCAUAAAAAAUGCUCCUUUAUUA